AUUGAUAGUGAUGGAGAUGGUUAUAUUCUUCGGUCUGAGCUGAAGAAAUACUUGCUGAACACUCCAGUAAGUGAAGUUCCCCUAUCAGAUGAUAUGGUGGAUAGCAUGCUUUAUCAUGUGGACUACAACAAUGAUGGAUUUAUCAAUCUACAGGAAUUUUAUAGUCUGGUAUGUAUUCCAUAUCUUUUUGGCCGAUCUGUUGUCCCGAGAACCUUGUUGAAAACCAGUUUCCCCUUUUGCCCCCGCUCCAAGUAUCUUCACGGAGACCUCACAAACUUUUGCCGAAUAUUUCUAAAUGCUUUGGGUUUCUGCAUUGUUGGGUAUUUGUGUCCCAUGCAGUGCCAUGGGGAAUAUAGGACCUUUUCUCCUGUUCCCCGGUCAUCUCCCCUCAUUUAUGAUCCUUUCGGGCGUUUGGAACCUUUUGGGGGUUCAUCUCGAAAAUGUUUCUUUUAUGCUGGGUAUGUGCAUCUGCUGUCUAAUGUGGUUGUGGCCUUAUUUGUGGGAGUGCCACUGGAGAUGGUUCAUAAGUGGUGGCGGCUCUUGAUCCUCUACGUGGCUGGUGUGCUUGCUGGCUCUCUUGCUGCUUCUAUGUUUGAUCCUCAUUCAUAUCUGGUGGGUGCAUCUGGAGGCUGCUAUGCACUUAUAGCUGCUCACCUGGCUAACAUCAUCAUCAAUUGGGCAGAAAUGCCAUUAAACUGGGCUCGACUGUUGGUUCUUAUAACACUGAUGGUUACGGAUAUUGGGGUGUUUGCAUACAUGACCCUUACCAAAACAACUACAAGAAUAUGA